AAACAUUAGAAACAAAAACCUCCAGAACAUGGCCAAGCAGCCAAAAAAAACCUACAACAACCAUAUUUUUUCCUGUCUUGUAUUCAGUGUCUCCUCCUGAGGUGCAGUGCCCUAUCAUGUAGGAAGCAAAACAGAAAAUGACAAAUUCUUUUUCUUAAGAAUGCUAUGCAAGAUUUCACUUUUUUUUUUCCUGCACAGAACAAAUUGUAGUGAAAAUAGGACCGGAAAUCAAGAGCCAGCAUCCUUUAGGAAAGAAAUCCUUCUGUUUUAGGGAAGGCUUGUCAAGCAUUGCCAGCAUAAUGGAACACCCAACAUAAUUGUGAAAGAGAGAUAUCUUGAGAAAUAGUCACAUUUCAAGCUUACACAAACUUCUUCCAGGGGUAUAUCGCAAAAAUGGACACACAUGUUGCUCCCGAGUUUGAGUCUCACACCUUCACAUGAGAAGGAUUAAGUGGGGUGCCUUACAUCCUGCACAUCGCUCUUUAAUUUGAAGCUACGUAUGAUCUACAGUAGUGUAACUUCUAUUGAAAUGCAACAUAUAUGUAACUGGUACCACCAUCAAUUAGUGCCAACACAAAUUAAUAGAUAUGUGAUUUAGGUUAAGCCCAAGUAAUAAGGCUUCUAUUCAAAUUAUUGUCUUGAAUAACAGGUUAGGUUCUUUAAUAGCAAAUUUGUGAUUAACCUGGUGAUAAAGAUACUCUUUCCAUUCACAGGUGGGUUUUGCAAAAACAAAACACUUGCUUUGUUACUAGUCCUGAGUGGUCUGUUCCUUCUUUGGUUCUGCUAGACUAGGAGCUUCUCAUAGUUCUAUUUUUCUACUAGUCUUUAGGUGUCCUCGUUUUCGUUCAUCUUCCACCUCUUGUAUUUAGGACUGCUUUGUGGAGGCAAAGUCCUUUUGGUUCCCUUAAGUAUAGUUUUGUGAUGACUUUAAAUGAGAAAUUCAAGUUUUGAUUUACUUUGCUGGCAGGGGCCAGAUCUGGCAAAGUUUUGGGUUCCGCACCUCUUCUGUGGGGGUCUAAUUCUGAAAUAAGACUUGCGACUCAUCCCAAGCCUUCUGCACUAGGCUUUCCCCUCACUAUAGCUUCCAAAUUAGUUGACAGCCUUUCUCUUCUUCCUAUAUGUGACAUUCUUCAGCAAGCUAAUUGAAAGGAGAUGGUCAGAAAAUGUGUAGGGCCAAGAAAGUUGCAGAAUAUCAGGAGGGCAAAGAAAGGGUCAAUUUUUGUUAGGGAUACUUCUGUUGGGAUCAGUGCCAAGUCAAAUUCUCAUAAACUCUGAGAGGUUUUUCAGGGAACUUAACCUUUGCUUCACAAUGUUGCCAUUGUUGAGGCACAGUGGGUAUAUAUAAAGGGAAAAUCUGUGACUAUUGCCCCAGUGUCUGUAAUUUUCUACAUACAUUUCCUAGUUUCGAGUUAUGAGUCACCUCAAAUACCUGGGACUCUAAAUUUCCAAGUCUGCUUCUUUCAGUUACGUUUUAGCAUCUAGGUUUUCAGAAAGUGACUUUCAAUGGAGCACUCUAUCAGCACUGCGUUCUUUUUGCUCCUCUCUUGCUCUCUGUGGGAAGCAGAAGCCAGAAAUUUUAAUUCUAUCAUCACAGUGCCAAAUGGAGGUCCAUGGGGUAAUUGGGGAGAUAUCCAAUUCUGUCCCCGAGGACAUGCUCAUGGCUUCUCCCUAAAGGUAGAGACACCUCAAGGUGUUGGGGUUAGGCAGGAUGAUACAUCCCUGAAUGGAAUCCGCUUGCAUUGUACUGAUGGUACAAUAAUUCAUUCAACAAUUGGGCUCUGGGGAUAUUGGACAGCAGUUCAGUAUUGCCCCAAAGGAAACCUGAUUUCCUACUCACUGAGAGUGGAAGGAUUUCAAGGGGAUGGUGACGACACAGCAGCCAACAAUAUCCAGUUCACCUGUGAAGAGAGAACUAGACUUACGGGCCAUGGAAAUCACUGGGGUAAUUUUGGUACAUGGAGCAGUCGCUGCUCUUCUGGAGCCAUAUGUGGGAUCCAGACAAAAGUGGAAGGUCCCCAAGGGAGGGAUGAUGACACAGCCCUUAAUGACGUGAGGUUCUUCUGCUGUAGAUGAACCAUAAUAGCAAUAGGGAGAUACAGCUGAGUUUUCUAAUUCCUUUAUUCUACCCCUAGAUGAUGAAGUUUUAGUACUUUAGUUCAGAGUAAAUUUACACACAGCACGAAUCAGACAAGUGUAUCACAUGAGACAUUCCUCCUGAACAUUUAAUCCUGAGGCCUCCAUGGGAGACAAGCCCGCUUUUUAUUUACCAUACUGAAAUUAAAAUGUAUGGUUUAACAAAGAAUCUUAGUUAUGAAUGCUUUACAUUUUAGUCACAGAUAUCAAAUACAAAUAAUAAAAAACACUAUAUUUGAUUUAAAUGUAUCAUUUUCCAAAUGUCUGAUGAAGUGGAUGUGCCCACGAUAGCUCACAUUAAAAUAUAAUAGUUAGUCUUUAAGGUUCUA